CUUCAAGACCUGAAAGAUUUUGACCAAAAGCCGGCAAUCGACGCGUUCCUCGCAGAAAGUGACUUGUUUCCGAAAGAUUUACUGAGGCACGAUUCUCCCUCGAUCCCCGAGGGGAGCGAGGAAGAUGAAGCAGAGGCGGAAAUCCAAGCACGGGCGUUGAUGACGCAGCGGGCAAAGGACGCGGGGUGGCAGGAUAACAAUAUCGAAAUCUGGAAGAGUGGGGUUAUGGAAUUCCGGGGCACGCCGAAAGUACCAGAGCAUGUUGGUGUUGUUUCUCAAGAACAGCCAGCUGGUGAGAACGAGAAGACGUCUCACGCUAAUACUGUCGCGCCGGCAGUACAUGUACAACAUCUUCAAGCUGCGUCUUCUUCAUCUAGUAGCUCUGCUGCAGCGGGGGCUCUUCAAUCGACCAUCCCGUUGGUGCUUGCCACCGAGCCGACGUCCCCACCUACUGCUCGUCCGGGUACUACGACUUCUAGUGCCUCGCCGAUUCGGAAGCAAUUACUAGAAAACGGGGAUUUGCGAGUCAAUACCGGACCUCACAACCUGCACAUGGCAUCCGACGAGGACGAAACUUCGCCCGAGCGGCUAGACCAAACUUUAUACGACAUAAAGCACCACUCUCCAAAACAGGCAGAGAAAGUGCAAAUCCCCUGGCGCCCGAGCCUGUUUCCGCGCCCGAAGAUGGGACAGGGAAGAAGUGAG